AUGGCUUCACCAUCUGAAGACUUUUCUUGUCCUAUCUGUCUUGACAUUUUCAAGGAUCCUGAUCCUGUUGUUUUAUCAUGUAGUCACAGUUUCUGUAAAGAGUGUCUUCAACAGUUCUGGAGAACCAAAGAAACUCAGGAGUGCCCUCUCUGCAGGAGAAGAUCAUCGAGAGAUGAUCCUCCUUAUAAUCUUGCAUUAAAAAACCUUUGUGAGUCGUUGCGGAGGCAGAGAAAUGAGAGGCGUUCAUCAGGGUCUGAGGAGAUCUGCAGUUUACACAGUGAGAAACUCAAACUCUUCUGUCUGGAGGACAAACAGCCUGUGUGUUUAGUGUGCAGAGAUUCACAGAAAUACAUCAAUCACACAUUCAGACCCAUUAAUGAAGUAGUUUCUUCUUACAAGGAGGAGCUCAAUACAGCACUGAAGACCUUACAAGAGAAACUGACACAUGGAGAGAAAAUGAAAAGAGAGUGUAUGAAAACAGUUCAACACAUCAAGUCUCAAGCUGAGCACACAGAGCGUCAGAUUAAACAGCAGUUUGAGAAGCUUCAUCGGUUUCUCAGAGAUGAAGAAGAAGCUACAAUUACUGCACUGAGGGAGGAAGAGGAGGAGAAGAAGCGGAUGAUGAAGGAGAAGCUGGAGGAGAUCAACAGACACAUCUCAGUUCUUUCACACACAAUUAAAAACACAGAGAAGAUGAUGAAAGACAAUGAUGUCUGCUUUCUGAAGAAGUUUCCAGUCUCAAUGGAAAGAGUCCAGAUCUCAUCACAGCCGGAUCCACAGAUGCCUUCUGGAGCUUUGAUUCGUGUGCCACGUUACUCGGGCAACCUGCCCUUCAGAGUCUGGAAGAAGAUGCGGGACAUUGUCCAAAAUACUCCUGUGAUUCUGGAUCCAAACACUGCAAAUCGAGAUCUUGUCCUGUCUGAUGAUCUGAGCAGUGUGAGAUACAGCUGGAAGAAACAACCUCUUCCUGAUAAUCCAGAGAGAUUUGACUAUUAUUCUUGUGUUCUGGGUUCAGAGGGUUUUAACUCAGGAACACACUGCUGGGAUGUGGAGAUUAAAAAGAGCCAAUGCUGGAAUCUUGGAGUAACUACAGCAUCAAACCAAAGGAAGGGACGUGAUUUAUUUAGCGCUGAUGUCUGGUGUGUGUGGUAUGGAUUAUAUGAACCAUCUGGUUUUCCUGUUGAACAGGAUCUUGAGCAAGUGAGAGUGUAUCUGGACUAUGACGGAGGAACAGUGUCAUUCUCUGAUCCUGUAACUAACACACAUCUACACACAUUCACAACCACCUUCACUGACACUGUCUUGCCAUUUUUCACAAAAUGUCACACAAUCCAAACCAGAUUUCAGGGAAUUACCUUUAACAUUUAA